GUUUAUUCUAAACAAGUGGCACCACAAAGAUGUUCAGACUCUUUGGUCUUCUCGUUUUCAUUAACACUUCACUGGCUGUGGAUGUUGUUCAGCCCAGUCUCCUGACGAGGGUUCAGCUUGGAGACAGUGUAACUCUCACAUGCUUCUACCCAGAAGAUGUUUCUUAUGUCGCUUGGUUUAAGCAGGCUGCUGGUCAGAAGCCCCAGCUCAUGGUGAAGGCACUUAAUCUUUUGGCUGGUGAAUUUUUCAAUGAAUAUAAAAACAUAAAACGUUACUCCUUACAGAAUGCAGAGCGGAGUUUUAACCUCACUAUUUCCAACGCGGAGCCGUCAGAUUCUGCAGUGUAUUACUGUGUUGCUGGGUCCUAUAAUGAAAUUGCAUUUGGAAAUGGAACCUUUGUCAUAAUCACAGGUAAAGACUCCAACAGCAGGACUGUGGUACAGCAGCCUGUGCCUGACACAGUGCAGCCUGGAGACUCUGUGAGCCUGCAGUGUACAAUAGAGACUGGGAGCUGUGCAGGAGAACACAGUGUUUACUGGUUCAGACAUGGAUCAGGAGAAUCCCUUCCAGGAGUCAUUUACAGCCAUAGGAACAGGAGUGAUGAGUGUGAGAAGAGCCCUGAGGCUGGAUCUCCUACACGGAGCUGCGUCUACAGCCUCCCCAAGGGGAACCUCAGCCUCUCUGAUGCUGGGACUUACUACUGCGCUGUGGCCAUGUGUGGGGAGAUGCUGUUUGGCAAUGGGACCAAGCUGGAUAUAGAUGGCUGGUACAAGCUGCUGGAUCCUCUUCACUCUGGCUUGCUGAUAGUUUUAUCUUGCAGCAUUAUUCUGAACGUUGCUCUCAUUUGUAUAACAUGUAAACUGACCUGUACACACUGUGCAGAUGAAAAGAACAGUGAUAUAUCAAAAGCGGAAUGGUCACGCAAGCAGUGCCAUGACGAGGACACACUGAAUUACGCUGCCCUGAACCUUAAGAAGCCAAAACCCAGGAGACAGAAGAAAGACGGGAAUAAUGACACUCUGUAUUCUGACCUCCGCUACAGAGAUCAUGAAUAAAGAUGCUUCUCAUUCAUGUCAGUCACACAGAGUGUUCAGGGUGUAGCUUUAAUAAUGUUCAGAGGAGGGCAGGGGAGCCAGUGCUUCUGAGACUGAAUCACGGGAUUUUACGGAGCACCGGUGCUGAGUUUGGUGUCAGUGUGUUUGGGGCGCAUUUUUACUGGAAGUUCAAAUGUUCAGGCCAGACUGAGGAGAGGCAUGGGG